AGCAGUGAAGACAGGCAUCCUUCUCAAUAAACAAAGAAACAACUGUGAUUUCAGGCUUUCAGGUCAAAAAUACAACAGACCUGCUGCACACUCGACAUGGCAGCAGCCAGCAGUCUCUUCUCUGAAGAUCAGUUUCUGUGUUCCAUCUGUCUGGAUGUGUUUACUGAUCCUGCCACUAUCCCAUGUGGACACAACUUCUGCAAGAACUGCAUCACAAAACACUGGGAUACUAAUGUCCAGUGUCAAUGUCCCAUGUGUAAAGAGCUUUUUGACAAAAGGCCUAAACUGAGGGUCAACACUUUCAUAUCUGAGAUGGCUGCUCAGUUCAGACAGUCAGUUCAAAAGAAAACCAGCAGCAGCUCAGAGCAACAACAAGCAAAGACAGGAGACGUUCUCUGUGACGUCUGUACUGAAACCAAACUGAAGGCCUUGAAGUCCUGCUUGGUGUGUCUGACUUCAUACUGUGAGACUCACCUGGAGCCUCAUCAGAGAAUCCCAGGCCUGAAAAGACACAAGCUGAUCAAUCCUGUGAAUAACCUGGAAGACAGAAUGUGUAAGAAGCAUGAUCGACCUCUAGAGCUGUUCUGCAAGACUGACCAGAUGUGUGUGUGUCAUUUUUGCACUGAGACAAAUCACAAAAGGCAUCGUAUUGUUUCUGUGGAGGAAGAAUAUAAAAAUAAGAAGGCUGAGCUGGAAAAGAAAGAGACUGAUGUUCAGCAGAUGAUCCAGGAGAGACAACUGAAGAUUCAGCAGAUCAAACAGUCAGUGAAGUUCAGCAAGGAAGAUGCAGACAGAGAGACAGCAGCCAGUGUGCAGGUCUUCACUGCUCUGAUCCAGUCUGUUGAGAGAAGUCUGACUGAGCUUAUUGAGAUGAUUGAAGAGAAGCAGAAAACAACAGAGAAACAGGCUGAAGGUUUCAUCAAAGAGCUGGAAUAUGAAAUCUCUGAGCUGAUGAAGAGAAGUGCUGAAGUGGAGCAGCUCUCACGCACUGAAGACCACCUCCAGUUCCUCCAAAGCUUCCCAUACCUGAACCCUGCUCCACCCACCAAAGACUGGACAGAGGUCAGAGUUCACUCAUCAUAUGAGGGGACUGUUAAGAGAGCUGUGGCUCAGCUGGAGGAGACAAUUGAUAUAGAAGUGAGGAAGCUGUGUGCCGCUGUUGAGCUGAAGAGGGUCCAGCAGUUUGCAGUGGAUGUGACUCUUGAUCCUGAAACAGCACAUCCUAAUCUCAUCCUGUCUGAUGAUGGGAAACAAGUCAGUCAUAGUGAUGUAAAACAGAUUCUUACACCCAGUCCAAAAAGAUUUUCCUGUUAUUCUGUUUUAGGAAAGCAAAGUUUCUCUUCAGGAAGAUUUUACUUUGAAGUUCAAGUUAAAGGGAAGACUGGCUGGGUUUUAGGAGUGGCCAGAGAGUCUGUCAACAAAAGGGAGCCCACAUGUAGCACAGAGAUUUGCUGCUGGUCUGUAUUCUUGAACCAUGGAACACGGUACGAAGCUUCUGGAUCAUCAGUCCAUCUCCCUCUGAAGUCGAAACCUCAGAAGGUGGGGGUGUUUGUGGAUUAUGAGGAGGGUCUGGUCUCCUUUUAUGACGUAGAUGCCGCAGCUCUUAUCUACUCCUUUAAUGGCUGCAACUUCAAGGAGAAACUUUACCCAUAUUUCAAUCCCCAUGGAAAUAAAGGUGGUAAAAACUCCACUCCCCUAAUCAUUUGUUCCAUCCAUCAUGCUGAUUAGACUAAUCAUAAUCAGAGUCAUUGAUAUGUAAAUAACUAAAUCACUUAGUUCAAAUUCUGGCAGGUAGGUUUUUUUGGUGUUUUUUUAUGUUUCUCAUUACUACAGAAAAACCUCUAAUUCAGGGAUCAGACUACACAAUAUUUUUGUCUUUCAUGAUGGUCACCGUGUCAGAUUAGGCAAUCACAGUGCCAUAAAUUCUUUCUGUGUCUUGCUGUGGAGAUUGGCAACACUAUAAGUAUGACCCCAAUCAGUCAUUGCAUGCUGCCUUUCACGACCUUGCACAAGUUCAUAGGCCAUUAGAGGGGAGGGUCAAGAAAUUGUCAAUGAUGGCUGGUUACAGAAGCGCUAAAAAGAAAAGAAAAAAAAUGAUUGCGGACCUAUUCCUGGGUGUCUUGAAGAGGACAGUGUGGAGAGAGAGAUCUUGAGAUAACGGAUGUGUUAACAUCUCAAGAACAUUAUAUAAAUGUAGCUAGCUACCAGGUUUGCUGUAUAUAAACAGAAGGUCUCAUGGAGGAAAAAAUGAUUGAGUUUUGGGAAUUGUAUACUCUGGUAAAUGAAGAUACAAAGAUAUGUUUUAAUAUCAGGUGGUUCACAAUCACUAUAACUGAAAUCAAGAAAACUGCAGUUCUUUUCAUUGAACACUGCCUCUGAAGUGACAGCAUAUGCACUAUUUCUCACCAACAUUUGUCUUUUUUGACUCUGUCAUGGUACUCCCUCAAGGAAACAUCAAAAAGGCAAGGGUAUUGUUGUUACUGCUCAACACACAUUUCUUCAGUUUUGUUGUUCCACCUGAGAGCAGCAACAGCAGCAUCCCUCUUUCUCUUCAUCAUGUUUACAUAUGAUCAUAUGAUCAUAUUACAUCUGUCAUCCUAUUGGUCAAUGUCAAGAAACACAUCGUAGGAGUUGUCAAACUAGGCAGGAAAAUACUAAAAUUCUGACAUGCUAGACUUUUUGUCAGGGUGUCAUGGGGUAUCCCAGACGCCACAUUGCUGUUCUUUGAUUAUGUCAUACAACAAGGGGUAAAGAUAUCUGUUAUUUGUUCCCGACGUUCAUAUUUGGGCCCAAUGCUGGAAAUUUGUUGCCGAUCUGGCUGAAUUCAUGUAGUCUGAUCCCAGCAUAACCUGACAUGCCUGGUGACCGUAUGUCACAUCCAACCCCAUGCCUCCCACCUGCCUUCCAAGGACAUCGAUUUCAAGCCCACCAAGUUUGUCACCCACUGUGCCAUCGAUGGCAAGUUCAUUCAUUUAAGUGGGUUUUCCUUACUGCAAAAUGUCUUUGAGUCAUCUCAGUAUUUUCAUUGCUCAGGAUUCUGGGUCAGUUUCUGAUUUGGACCCAUAGCUCAUGAUUGAGUGUUUGUUGUGGACAUUGAAAUUUGGGUAAAUAAAACCCUUAAAUUGCAUUGUGUCUCUUGUGCCUGACCUGCUUGGUCCCUGACACAUACAUUUGCUAUUAAAUCAGACAGUGUUAUAUUUUACUGUGUGUGUCACUGUUUUCAUUUUUUUGCUUAAAAAAAGU